CUCACUAUAUAACUAGUCCCUCCCACUCUCACUUCGCAGGAAAUACGGGAAGAAUACGAGUUGAUACAAUCUGAGCAAAAUCCUUUGGAGCAAUGAGGAAGUGGACAAUCCCUUCCGUUCUUUUCCUGUUAUGCCUUCUGUUUCUUCUCCCAGAUCAAGGUAGGAAGAUUCAGGCAAAUGCAGAAGUCGAUUCUGAUGCUCCGUUAGAUCCGCCGAAGGUGGAAGAGAAGAUCGGCGGCGUUCCUAAUGGAUUAUCCACCGAUUCUGAUGUCGUUAAGAGAGAAGCUGAGUCCAUGUCGAGAAGAACGCUCCGAGCGAAUGCGGAGAAGUUCGAGUUCCAGGCUGAGGUAUCGCGGCUUAUGGACAUCAUUAUCAACUCUCUUUACAGCAACAAGGAUAUCUUCUUGAGAGAGUUGAUCUCCAAUGCUUCAGAUGCACUGGACAAGAUUAGGUUCCUGGCGCUCACUGACAAGGAAGUUUUGGGUGAAGGUGACAAUACCAAGCUCGAGAUUCAGAUUAAAUUGGACAAAGAAAAGAAAAUACUUUCUAUCCGUGAUAGAGGUAUAGGAAUGACCAAAGAGGAUUUGAUCAAGAAUUUGGGUACCAUUGCUAAAUCUGGAACUUCAGCAUUUGUGGAAAAAAUGCAGACAAGUGGUGAUCUUAACCUUAUUGGGCAAUUUGGUGUUGGAUUCUACUCUGUCUAUCUUGUGGCAGACUAUGUUGAAGUGAUUAGCAAACAUAAUGAUGACAAACAGUAUGUUUGGGAGUCAAAGGCUGAUGGAGCUUUUGCCAUUUCAGAAGAUAAGUGGAAUGAGCCACUUGGUCGAGGAACUGAAAUCAGAUUGCAUCUCAGAGAUGAAGCACAGGAGUACUUGGAUGAGUUCAAAUUGAAGGAAUUGGUUAAGAAGUAUUCGGAAUUUAUCAACUUCCCCAUAUACCUCUGGGCUAGCAAAGAAGUGGAUGAGGAAGUUCCAGCUGAUGAAGAUGAGUCUAGCGAUGAUGAGGAAACAACUGAAAGUAAAUCCUCGGAGGAAGGAGAGGAAGAAGAUGCUGAGAAAGAAGAGGAGAAAAAGCCCAAGACAAAGACAGUUAAAAAGACUACAUAUGAGUGGGAGCUUUUGAAUGACAUGAAAGCUAUAUGGUUACGCAAUCCAAAGGAGGUGUCAGAUGAAGAAUAUACAAAAUUUUAUCACUCUCUGGCAAAGGACUUUGGUGAUGAGAAGCCUCUAGCAUGGAGUCACUUUACAGCUGAAGGUGAUGUUGAAUUCAAGGCAGUGUUGUUUGUGCCUCCAAAGGCUCCUCAUGAUUUGUAUGAGAGCUACUACAAUUCCAACAAAUCCAACUUGAAAUUAUAUGUUAGACGGGUCUUUAUCUCAGAUGAAUUUGAUGAGCUUCUGCCCAAGUAUUUGAACUUCUUGAAGGGUCUUGUUGAUUCUGACACCUUGCCACUGAAUGUGUCCCGAGAAAUGCUGCAACAACAUAGCAGCUUGAAAACGAUAAAGAAGAAACUCAUACGCAAGGCCCUUGACAUGAUCCGGAAGCUUGCUGAUGAGGACCCUGAUGAAUCUAAUGAUAAAGACAAGAAAGAUAUUGAAGAAUCAGGUGACAGCAAUGAGAAGAGAGGUCAAUAUGCAAAAUUCUGGAAUGAAUUUGGCAAGUCAAUUAAACUUGGUAUUAUUGAGGAUGCAACUAACAGGAACCGCCUAGCAAAACUUCUUCGUUUUGAGACCACAAAAUCAGAUGGUAAGUUAACUUCACUGGAUCAAUACAUCUCAAGAAUGAAGUCUGGACAGAAAGAUAUCUUCUAUAUUACUGGAACAAGCAAGGAACAGCUGGAGAAAUCUCCAUUCCUUGAGAGACUAACAAAGAAGAAUUACGAAGUUAUUUUCUUCACUGAUCCAGUGGAUGAAUACCUGAUGCAAUACCUGAUGGAUUAUGAAGACAAGAAAUUCCAAAAUGUAUCCAAAGAGGGACUAAAGCUCGGCAAGGACCCAAAAGACAAAGAACUCAAGGAGUCAUUCAAGGAGUUGACCAAAUGGUGGAAGGGUGCUCUCGCCAGUGAAAAUGUUGAUGAUGUGAAGAUAAGCAACCGUUUGUCAGACUCCCCCUGUGUCGUAGUGACAUCAAAAUACGGUUGGAGUUCAAACAUGGAAAGGAUUAUGCAGUCUCAAACUCUAUCAGAUGCUAGCAAGCAGGCUUACAUGCGUGGAAAGAGGGUGCUUGAAAUUAAUCCCAGGCACCCCAUCAUCAAGGAG